UUUCGUGUGAUAUGCUACAAAAGACACACACAUCGCAGGACAGGAUAGCCUGCAUUUAACAGGACCGAGAUUUGAGAUAUCGGAAAUCCACUCGCAGCUUGAGCGCAGAUCGACUAGCAAUCAUGAUGUCAUCGUCGGCGUACAACGGCAACGGCGACAGCGACAACCGCAGCAUCUACAGCAGCUACUCGACGUUGACGAUACCGACCGCAUGCUCGGAGUACGCGCGACUGAAGCAGGAGACGUUCGCUUCCGGUAUCCUCUUCGAGGAUCAUGACUUCCCGGCGGAUGUCGCCUCGCUUUACCACCGACACAAGCCUAGUCUGGGACCGAUAGUGUGGAAGCGGCCGAGGGAGAUCUGUCAGAACCCAAAGUUCAUAACAAAGAGCGCCACAAGAUUUGAUAUCAAGCAAGGUCAACUGGGUGACUGUUGGCUGUUGACGGCAGUGUCAUGUCUCACCAUUACUCCGCGACUGUUUCGCAACGUGGUGCCUCCGAACCAGUUCUUCCAUAGAAACUAUGCAGGUAUGUUUGUGUUCCGCUUCUGGCAGUACGGAGAGUGGGUGGAGGUGUGCGUCGAUGAUCGGCUGCCCACCUACCAAGGCCAGCUCGUCUACAUGCACUCAGGCGACCCGACGGAAUUCUGGUGCUCUCUGCUGGAAAAGGCAUACGCCAAGCUGUACGGCUCGUACGAAGCUCUGAAUGGCAGCUACACGGCGUGGGCGCUACAGGAUCUAACUGGCGGAGUCGCCGAAUCCUACGGACUUGACCAGGGGUCAGAGGAACAUCCGACCUUCGUCUACACAGUGAUGGGAUCGGUCAUUCCUCGGUCAUCUCUCCUCGCAGCGUCUAUCGUCGCGGAUGACAGGCGACAGAAGCGCCUUGCGUGCGGACUGCUAACACAACACACGUACAGUGUAACCGGCAUUGCAACGGAUGUCGUUUGA